AAAGAAAAGAAAAAGAAAAAAACCUAAUGAGGGGAAAUAAGAAAGAGAGCAAAAAUCAGUGUAUUUGGGAAGUCCUGAACAUGACAAGCAAAAGCCUACAUUGCCACACUCCUUAAACGCUCGCCUCCAGCUUCAAACAAUCGCCACCCUUCUUCUUCUUCUUCUUCUUCAACCUCUUCUCUUCCUUCUUUGAAUCCCCAAAUUCCCCAUGGAAGACGAUGAUGAGUUUGGAGAUCUUUACACCGACGUUCUCAGACCCUUUGCUUCUUCCUCUUCUUCGUCUGUUCCUCAACCUCAACUUUCUUCUUCCGCCCCUCCGCCUCUUCAACGUCCGAUCGAUCUCAAUCGCCAUCACGACGACGAGAAUCCCCCCUUUGGAGCUUCUUACUCAAACUCUCGUGUUCCUUUGCAGUUUCCCAAAGAAACCCCACCUCUCCAGCCGCCUCGGGAGUCUACACCCGUCGCUGGUUCUUUUGGGUUCGUUUUAAAUUUGGCCGCUAGGAAUGAUGGAGAUGGUUCUCGGGUUAAGGGUAGUGAGGAUUUUGCGUCUGUUGAUGUUGAAUUGCCAAAUAGGGGUUUGGAGGAUCGGAAUUUUGGUGUUGAAUCUGGAAUUGUUGGUGGUUUGGAGAAAGAUGUUAAUUUGAUGGAUAAGGAUGUGAAAUUCGAUAUUGAAGAGGGGAAUGCUGGGGUUGAGGAUGAUGUGGGUGGUGAGCCGAUUAUUCCUGGCUUGUCUCCCAGCGGUGGUAUAUCGAUCCAUGGGACAAGCGGGAAUUUGGAAAACCCGGAAGGUUUUAGAAUGAAUGAUGCUUCAAGAGACCGGGGUGAUGGCGGUGACGACUGGGAUAGUGACAGUGAGGACGAUUUGCAAAUUCUUUUGAAUGACAGUGAUCGUGGGCCUAUGGCAAUGGAGAGAGGUGGAUUGGUAGGUGACGAUGAAGACGAACCUCCGCUGGUUAUUUUGGGGGAUAAUGAUCAGAAUCAGGUUAUGGAAGAGCAAGAGUGGGGGGAUGACACAGUGCCAACAGCGGACGGCGAGAGAAAGGAGACGGGUGAGGCCGCAAAAUCUAGUGCCGGGAUGGUUGUGGCACCAAAACUUGGAUAUAGCAAUUAUGGUUAUCGUCCUUUUCAUUCUCAAUAUAAGUAUGUGAGACCUGGUGCAGCACCUUUUCCUGGUACUUCUGCUUCUGGCCCUGGAGGAACUCCAACUCAAGUUCGUCCGCUUGUCAACAUGGGCCCUGUUGGUGGUCGUGGUAGAGGUGAUUGGCGUCCGACAGGACCAAAAGAUCCAGCUUCAGUGCAGAAAGGUUUUCAUUCGGGUUUUGGAAUGCCUGGAUGGAGCAAUAAUAUGGGAGGGCGUAGUUUUGGUGGCCUUGAGUUCACUCUGCCUUCACACAAGACAAUUUUUGAAGUUGACAUUGAUAGUUUUGAGGAAAAACCAUGGAAAUCUACUGGAGUGGACGUAUCUGACUUUUUCAACUUUGGUCUCAAUGAGGAUAGCUGGAAAGAAUACUGCAAACAGCUGGAACAACUACGCCUGGAGGCUACUAUGCAAAGCAAAAUUCGUGUAUAUGAGAGUGGACGGACAGAACAGGGCUAUGAUCCUGAUUUGCCUCCAGAGCUAGCAGCUGCUGCAGGUAUUCAUGAUAUUCCCAAUGAACACACUCUUGGGAAGUCCGAUGGUUUACAAAAUGAUGUAGGAAAAGGAGUACCUCGUGUGCGGCCACCUCUGCCUGCUGGCAGAGCAAUACAGGUGGAAGGUGGUUAUGGUGAGCGUCUACCCUCAAUUGAUACUAGACCUCCCAGAAUUCGAGACUCUGAUGCUAUAAUUGAGAUUGUUUUGCAGGACUCUUUGGAUGAUAAUUCAUCCACAGGAAAUUGCACCCCGAACGAACCAAAUGAUGAUCCGUCAGGAAAGGAUUUCAAAGAAAUCCAUGAAGCUGAGGAUGAUGACGCACAAAUUGAGAGUGAUACUGAAUAUCCUGACGAUUUUUCAGAAACUCAUAAUAGUGAACUGACGGAAAAGGUUGGAAGAAGAAAAACAUCAAUGAAUUCUCCUUCUGACAACACACGUGAAGAUGUGAAUUUGGCUUUCACUUCAGAAGGGCCAGGACACCAUCCCACUUCUAGAGGCAAUACCCCUGCUUACUCCGCCCAGAAUUUGGGUAUUGUUGAAGAAAGGCGGUCACAAGGUAGAACAUAUAAUAAGUCCCCUCACUCCCCAAGACAGAACUUACAAGAUAGAAAAUCUCCCGACAGUCAAGAGGAAGGAUCUGUUGAAAGUAUGGAUGACAAACGCAGUCCACAAGUGUCAUCUCCGGCAAUAGUCGAGGCUACCCAGGAGUAUAGUGCCGAAGACAAGGAUGCUGAACAUGAUGAGGAUGCUGAACAUGAUGAGCUAAUUGAGGCUGACAAGAAUACUGAAAUAGAUCGAGAGAAUGUGAAUUUCAUUUCAACCAGCAACACUAGAAAAAUUGAGAGUGAUGAUGAAGAAAUGGAAAAUAAUGAGAAGUUGAGUCCCAUAGUUGAAGCACUUAUGCUUAAAGAAGACGGUGAUGAGGACUCAAAGGCUGCAAGUAGUGAAAAUAGAAAAACAAGAUCAGGGAGCAGCAGGGAUUAUCCGAAGUGGCAGGAUGGGGUUGAGGAGGAAGUAUUUCAAAAUAGACGCUCAUCAAGCAUGGGGAGUGUCAAGAAGUACAUGGAUGAAAAUGAACAGAAUUUUAGAAGAAAAGAUAGCGAUGACAAACAGGAUGAAAGGAAUCGAAUGGAUGUCAAGGGAAGGAAGGAUGCUUAUGCAUACAGAGAUUGGGAUCCUAGCUUAGCUCAUCAGCAUCCCUUGAAAACUGAUGGUUUUGAUAGGCGAAAGGAGAGGAGCAAUGCUGAAGCUACUUGGCAACGAAGAGAUGAUGAUCCUUAUUACAGGAAAACAAGAACUGAAGAAACAAGAAAGAGGGAAUAUGAUGAUGAAACAGGAUCUAGGCACAGGAGCAAAAUUCGUGAAAUUGAGAGAAGCGAUAAAGAUGAACGUCAUCUAACUAAAAAGUUAGAUAAUGGAAGCUACAGGGCUCAUUAUGAUAAAGGUGCUAGCUCAAGGCAUAGGGAGAGAGAUGACAGUUUGAAGAGUAGAUAUGAAAAUGCGGAUAGCUAUUAUAACAAGAAAAGGAAAGAUGAAGAACAUCUAAGGCGAGAACAUGUAGAGAAAGAGGAAAUCUUGCAUGGUAAGAGAGAGGGUAAAAGCCACCGUAAGCGAGAAAGAGAUGAAGUCUUUGAACCACAAAAGAGAGAUGAGCUACUGAGAGUCAGAGAUAACAUUGGUGAUCACCAUAUUGUAGGGCACAAAGAGGAGUGGUUGCAAAGAGAAAGGAGUGAUAGGCCGAGGGAUAAGGAGGAUUGGCAUAGACCGAAACAAUCUCGGGAAGAAAAUCUGUCAAAGCGGGAUAGAGAUGAAGGAAGGAGUUCUAUUAGGAGUGGGCAUGGAGCAGAAGAGAAAGCAUGGGGGAGCCAUGUCAGGGUGAAGGAUGAAAACAAAGUUUCUGAAAAGGAGUACCCAGGGAAAGAUGUGCGUCACAGUGAACAAAAUAAGAGGAGGGAUAGAAUGGAGGAGGAAAGUUCUCGUCGAGGGCGUGAGGAUUCUUAUUCACGGCGAAAUCCACCUAGUACUGAGGACAGAAGAUCUAGGCUGGAAAAAUCUAGUAGUGAAAGACAUGCUGCUAAUGCUUUUGAUAAUCAGAGAAUACAUGAUAAGAGGCACAAAGAUAGCAAGAUGAAGAACAGGGAAGUAGAUGGCAGCGACCACAAUGCUUUAGGUCCUUCCAAGAAAAGCCAAGAAAACCAAAACAGUUACAGGAGUCAGAUGGUCUUGAAAGGCUCUGAUGAUCAUGGGGAUCCUGAGCAUUCAGUUCACCACCAUGGGUCCAGAAAACAUACCGACGAUGCUUCCACAGACGAUGAGCAGCGAGAUUCUAGGCGAGGUCGCUCGAAAUUAGAACGUUGGACAAGUCACAAAGAGAGAGAUUUCAAUAUCAACAGCAAGUCAGCAUCAUUGCCUAAAGAAAUUGAGAAUAACAAUGGCGGAUCUUCAGAAGCCAACAAAAAUCCAGAUGACUCCAUGAAGGCAACAGAGACUGUUGACAAUCACCAUUUGGCUGAAAAGAAAGAAAGUGGUGAUAUAGAGCCGAAGGGUGGUGUUUCUGAUACCAAAGUAUUGGAGGAUAGACAUAUGGACACAGUCGAAAAGUUGAAGAAGAGAAGUGAGCGUUUCAAGCUUCCUAUGCCAAGUGAGAAAGAGGCUUUGGUGAUAAAAAAGAUGGAGAGUGAACCACUGCCGUCUUCUAAAAGCGAGGCUCCUGCAGAUUCAGAGAUUAAACCAGAACGACCUGCUCGGAAACGAAGGUGGAUUAGUAGUUCAUAAUUGAAAAACAAAAAACCCCUAUUUGGUUGUAAUCUGUGGCGUUUCUUUCUUUCAAGGGAAGCUCCAUGACAAAGAGGCGUUGUCCAUUUCACCCAGCACCGCACUCUACUCAGAUCUAUUGAGAAUGCAAUGCCUUCUAACUGGAGUAGCUUCUGCAUGAGGGUGGCACCAAUGAGAAGGCCUCUUCUCUCUCUCUCUCCCUUUUAGUGAAAUAUAUAUUAUUUUGUAACCAUAUUAUCAUCGUGGGGAUCAACUUUUUUAUAGUAUUUGUAUAUACUACUAGCAAGAGAUGUAACAUUGAAUUGAUUACUGAAAGCGGCUUAGAAUGCAUUUAGACACACUGUAUGAUUGUUGCCUACAAAUUUGUCGGAAAUCAUUCGACUGAGGAACAUCGACAUGUUUGUUUUAGGACAUCUUAGUCUUAGAAAUGUGCUAUACUCAGUUUGCUACUAACAUUACGAUGGCGAUGAGAUAUAUUUUAGAAAAAAUGUAUCCUUCUCCCCUUCGCCCCUCACAAUGUUUGCUCAUUCUCAAAGUUAACCACUUUGACAUAAAUGAAUGAGAUAAAUCCCAUUUUAUAUUCCA